GUAGCAGUUUGGGAGAAGCUGCACAAGCGGCAGGAGGCUCGGAGAGUGACCCAGUCCUGCACCUUUCCUGCUCCGGGGAUUGAGAAGCCGGGGCUCCAUGUGGAGCAGCUUCGAGACAUAUCCAGGGAGCUGGUGCCAAGCUGGAAACUGCCCGAUGCUCCCUGACGGGUCGUUUUCUCUUUGGGAGACAGGGGACUCUCGGUAGAGGCUGCCCGUGUUGCUGAGCCCGGGAGGACGAGAAGUUCCAGCCCGGGCUGGUCUCCGUGAGCAGGAGCAGGAGCUGGAGGAGAGUGGGCCAGUGGGAGGGUGCUCCGGGAGAGAUGGUCUGGAUAAGGAAUGCCUGGGAGCCUGUGCGAAACGGUGUGCAAGCAGCGUGCUCCCCAGCCCGGCGCUCUCUAAAGCCGGACUGCUAGAAGCUGAGAACACAGGCAAGGAGCCUGCACUUGCCCUUUUACUGGAAUUAACAGCGGCAUUCACCCCCUGGACUUUUUCAGAGAGAAAGGGAAGACUUUUUUUCCGACUUGUCUUCAAAGGGGCGUCUGUGUGAAGCAGCUUUGCAACCUCCGAGCUUCGAACAGGAGCAUCUAAAAGCUGGGAUCUUCCUGUUCAUCAGUGUCUGGGAUCGGGGAUGUCCCUGGUCCCUGGUGGGAGGGAGGGAGUUCCCUGAUGUUUUGACUCGAUCCCUGAUGUUUUGACUUGACCCCCGACUCCCAGUUUUGUUUCUCUUUGAAGAGGGCAGCUUGUCUUCUCCAUGUUUUUUUGUUAAUUUGCACUCCUGACCCGGGUUUGAUUUUGUUACCCCCCCCUCUGUCUGUCUGGUGAAUGCUGCCCCUCAGGCGGGGAUAUGGCAGCGGCUCUUGCCAGCUCCCUGAUCCGGCAGAAGCGGCAGGCGAGAGAGAACAACGCCGACCGAGUGUCAGCCACCAAGCGCAGGAGCAGCCCCAACAAAGCCAAGAAGUCCCUGUGUGAGAGACACGGCCUCGGGGUCUUCUCCAAAGUCAGGUUCUGUAGCGGCAAAAAGAGACCAGUCAGGAAGAGAGCAGUUUGCACAGACCCCCAGCUGAAAGGUAUAGUGACGAGGUUAUUCAGCCAGCAAGGCUUCUACCUGCAGAUGCAACCUGAUGGCACCAUCGAUGGUACCAAGGACGAGAACAGUAACUACACUCUGUUCAACCUGAUUCCUGUGGGAUUGCGAGUGGUGGCAAUUCAAGGCGUGAAGUCUGGUCUCUAUGUGGCCAUGAAUGGGGAAGGUCUCCUCUACAACUCAGAGCUUUUCACGGCAGAGUGCAAGUUCAAAGAGUCAGUUUUUGAGAACUAUUACGUCAUCUACUCCUCAACUCUAUACCGGCAGCAGGAGUCAGGCCGAGCCUGGUUCCUGGGACUCAACAAGGAUGGCCAGGUCAUGAAGGGGAACCGAGUCAAGAAAACCAAGCCAUCCUCCCAUUUUCUACCAAAACCAAUCGAAGUUUGCAUGUACAGAGAGCCAUCGAUGCAUGAAAUCGGGGACAAAGCCGGACGCUCACGGAAGAGUUCAGGAACGCCAACCAUGAAUGGAGGCAAGGUAGUCAAUCAGGAGGAGUCCACAUAGCAGGACCAAGGCCUCAGCAAGCUGAAUUGAAUCCAUAUGCACAACUUACAAGAAUCAAACAAAAAAGAAUUUAAUUAGAGAGAACAAACAAAUCCAGGAGUGAGGAUGUUUUUGAAAAUGCAAUCCCUUAGAUGAACUGAUGAAGCCAUUGCCUGAAUGAACAAAGAAACAUUAAAUCAGGACUUGAUUUUCAUUCUGUUUCCUCUUAUGCAAAACUCUCGACCCUGUGGUAAACUCAUCUACAAAACGUUAAAUAAAGGAAAAAAAAAGAAACUUAAA